AUGAGAGGCACGAUACUAUCGCUACUAUGCCUCGCAGGCCUUGCUGCAGGACAGGAUAGCUCAGCAUCCACAGCAUCGCCAUCCGUCAUCACCUUGACCGGCAGCUCGAGGCAGCGCUCCGGGGCCGAGUUCGGCGGAACCGUCACCGUGCCGUCAGACUUCGAGGGCAGCACAUUCGCGACGUUGACCAGUUCACCAUCUGGAAGCACCGCGUCCAGCAAUGCGACUGUUUCAGCAACGGACUCGGUCAUCAACAUCGGUGGUGGAAAUAGGACCAGGACACCGACUGGAUCUGCUACAGGCUCGGCAGCCCUGCCCCAGAACACCCAAGCUUGCAACAACUACGUUGAGUUCUGCAACCGCAAAUACUCCAACAUCACAGAAGUUGCCGCCCACAACUCGCCAUUCACCAAGGCGCGCAACAUAGCCCGUAACCAGGACUACGGCGUGACCCAGCAGUUGAACGAUGGCAUUCGCAUGCUGCAAGGCCAGGCUCACUACGUCAACAACACUCUUUACCUCUGCCACUCAUCCUGCGAUCUCCUCAAUGCCGGCACGCUGGAGGAUUAUCUGGAGGAGGUUGUAGCAUGGGUUGAAGCACACCCCUUCGAUGUCGUCACGAUCAUCUUCGGCAACUACAAUUACGCGGACAAGGACGCGAACGGCAACUUCCUCAUCACAGCAAAGAACUUUGACGAACCGAUCAGGUCUUCUGGCCUGUACCAGUACAUCUACCAGCCGCCGAAGACAGCCAUGGAGCUUGCGGACUGGCCCACCCUCGGGCAGAUGUUGCUGCAGCAGAAGCGUGUUGUCACGUUCAUCGACUACAAUGCUGACACCGACGCCGUUCCUUAUUUGCUGUGGGAAUUCUACAGCAUGUGGGAGACACCCUUCUCGCCCACCGACAUCAACUUCCCCUGUACAAUCGGCCGUCCUGACGGCGUCAGCGACGAGAAGGCGCGCGAUAUGCUGUACAUGGCCAACCACAACCUGAACGUCGAGAUCGCCAUUGCCGGGCUGGAGUUGCUGGUCCCCAACGUCGCUGCGACGAACAUCACAAAUGGACUCGAGGGCAAUGGCAGUCUGGGACUGAUGGCUAACCAGUGCACUUCCGACUGGGGCCGCCCACCGAAUUUCCUCCUCGUCGACUUCUACAACCAGGGCCCUGUCAACGGCUCCGUCUUCGAAGUCGCUGCGCGCGCGAACAAUGUCACGUACACUCGCGAGUGCUGCGGUAAGGCCACAUCCCUCGCGACUGCGCUUCUGACACCGUCUGCGACAUACUUUGCGCUCGUUGUCGCGGCUGUUGGUAUGUUAAUGAUGUAA